AUGGCGGCGCCAGCCAGAUCUGGCGGCCUCGAGCUCCAUGCGGCUACGGCGCGCGGCGGGCGCGCGGCCGGAGCGUCGCCUGCGGGCGCGUGCAGUAGCAGCUCCCCACCCCCACCCCACGACGGAGCAGGGCCCCGCCUCCGACGGCGGGCCUGCGCGCGGGGCGGCAGAGCAGGGCUUCGCCCCCGUGGCGGGCCUCGCGCGCGGCGGCCGCGUCCUUGUCCGCCUCGUCGACCUAGGCGCGCACGGGCUCCUCCACCGCGUCCUCCCGAGCUCGCCUCACCGGCACGCCUCCAGCUUGGUCCUCCUGCGGCGGCGCCCCUGCUCGAGUCCCGGGCCCUCUCCGACGCGCCGCUAGCCGCGGUGGUCUUCCGUCUCUUUGUGGGCCGGCUGGCCGACAUGGCGCGGCGCUCGCUCUCGGACCGGCGGCCGUGGACGGAGCUGCUAGACCGCUCGGCCUUCUCCCGCCCGGACUCGCUCUCCGAGGCCACCUCGCGGCUGCGCCGCAACCUCGGCUACUUCCACGUCAACUACGCCGCCAUCGUCGCCUUCUUGCUCACGGCCUCGCUCCUGGCGCACCCCUUCUCCCUCCUCGCCCUCCUCGACAUCCUCGCCGCUUGGUGCUUCCUCUACGCCUUCCACCCCUCCGACCAGCCCGUCGUGCUCUUCGGCCGCACCUUCACCGACCGCGAGACGCUGCUCCGCCUCGUCGUUGCGUCCGUGCUAGCCUUCUUCCUCAGCACCGUCGCUUCGCUCAUCAUCUCCGGACUGCUCGUCGGGGGCGCCAUCAUCCCCGCGCACCGAGCCUGCCGCAUGCCAGAGGACCUCUUCCUUGAUGAUCCCAGCGCUGCGUCCAGUGGCAACACCACCACCAGGCUGCUAUCCUUCCUUGCGUCGCCCAGAUCUGGGGUUUGACGCCUCCACGACUGUGCCGUGACAAUUGGGAGCAACUUCUGGAGAGCAUCCCAAUAAUAUCUGAGAACAACAGGGUUGCUGAUUCAGCAUUUGGUCCUACUAUGAAGGUACUGUCAUCUUUAGAAUGUGACCUUUUGUGUUUCUCCUUUUUGUACCACUAUUUGUUUUCAGGCGAUACAGUGUUUGUGUCUAACAGCUGCACUAGCAUUUCAUCUACGUCACCAGUUCGGUACACAUUUUCUUACAAAAAAAGCUAUUUGACUGUGAUUAAAGUAUAAGUUUCUUGCAGAAGUUUAUCAUCAUCUUAUUCUGUUGGUGUUAUCUGUUUCAAUAGACCAAUUUAUUCUGACCAUCAUGUUGUGUGCGGGUAGUCAGGUUUUUUGAUAAACGAAAUUGUUUAUUUGAUGGGUGGAAAGGAAACAAAUUUAUUCCAGCUUUCUUUACAAGUGUUGACACAUUAAUUGUCAUUCUCUAUUGCUUAGCUGCUGGUCAUGGCUUUCCUUGAACAAAAAAAUGCCUGAUAGCUGAUAAUAGGCAUGAAACUGACUUUGAGAAUGGCAGAAAAAAAUAGUACAACUGCCAGGCCUCACAUAUAUAUAUAUAUUAUUUUCUAAUUGGUUUAUUAAAAAUGGAUACUCUUAAUGCUGUGUUAUUGGUGCUUUGCAGUUCUACCAUCCUUGGGAAUAAGUUCGUUGCCUGCUAGGUAAGCUUAAGUUAGAUCAAAUAUUUGAACUGGAAACAAGGUUUCACUCAGUUUUAGUGGUAUUAUGAGUCUGUGUACGUAACACAUAAUCAUAUUUGGCAGGUCCCUUCCAUUUUUCCCUCUGUUAAUAUUGCACCUUACUUCUUUUGGAGCCCUGCAGAGCUAUGUGUUCCUGCUACUGCUGAUGCCUUCCUGUAUAAAUGAUUUUGUUGAGUUCAUGCCAUUUAAAUCCUUGACCUCAAUAUUUUGUGUUGCCACGUACUACUGUAAAUAAUAUGUUUACUUAUGCUGCAAUUAUAUCAAUUUGCAGUGCUUGAGUCCUUAAAAAAGUAGUGUCUUUUUUGUUUCUUUUCUUCUCCAUUGUUGUAUCAUUUUCAGUAUACCUUUUCCAAAACCUAUUAUGUUGCUCUAUGUUGUUCACCUUCACAGCAGAGUACCUAUUUCCAUCAUUCGUCUCUGAUCCACCUUUUGUUACGUGAAUUUUAGGACCGUUAUCUUCUUCAUGUUCUGAAUGAGAGGCGAGAGCAUGAUCAUGAUCUUUGUGUGCACCUGUGAAUCUACUAGGCUCCUUGCUCUCAUGUUAAGGAAUCUUGGUUUCAAAGCUAUGUCUAUCAGUGGCCAAAUGAGUCAGAUUUACUUUCUUUGACUUAAAUGUCACACACAGACAACUACAUGAUUAUUUCAUUUAGUUGGCUAGACCUCUGUGAGGUUUUACAUGUCUUCUCUAUUUCUUCCCUUUACUCUCUAAUUUUUUGGUCCAUUUUUCUUUGUCAGGAUAAGGGGUGCUUUGAACAGGUUGUAAGCAAUCAUAGGGGUCUCUGGGUGGCAUCUCCAUAACAUCUGAUUGCUUCUAUAAUGCUGGAUGGACCGAAGAUAUGCGCGAAGUUGUUAAUUUUCUUCAUCAGGAGUAUCCAGAGGCUCCACUAUUCACUGUUGGGACAAGCAUAGGUGCCAAUAUUGUAGUCAAGUACCUCAGAGAAGAAGGUUAGAGCACCCCUGUAGCUGGUGGUGCAUCUACUUGCUCACCCUGGGAUCUGCUGGUAAGUGACGAUAGUCAAUUAAUCUAGCAGAGCUGCAUCCUUAUUUUUCCCUCGUUUUACCAUAGUUCUUUUGUGCAUUCGCAUUUUGGUUUGCAUCUCAACUGUACUAAGCAUGUAGUUUCCAAAUACUGUUACUUCUAUGCCCAUUCACUUACGCAUUACCUUCCCUAAUUGUCUUAGUUAACAAGCUGCAAAUGAUGCUCUUGUAGUACUUCAGCUUACCAACACUACACUUUGAUCUCCACUGAAAAUGUACAUGUAUAUUUUUUAAUAUGGCAAUAGCACUCCAAUUAUGCAGGUGACCAACAGAUUUAUUUCACGCAAGCUUGUGCGGCGAUGUUAUGACAGAGCCCUUGCAAUUGGCCUCAAGGGAUAUGCAGAACUGUAUGUACAUGUUAGGUUCUUCCCUACUAAGUUUUAUGAACGAUUUUCAUUGCUUAUGAUCUGUCUCUACCUUUAUGUUUUCCUACUGAGUGCUGACUAAUGUGUAUUACUUACUGAAGAAAUCCUUAUCUGGUUGCCCAUGAUGCUUUGCCUCUCAACAUCUCUACCAUUUAGAAAUUAGCGUUACUUCUUCUAUGUGUAACAAUGCAAAUGAAUAGUGCAAGAUGGAAUCUAUUUUUGUUCCAUACUCA